AUGCUUCCCAACUGGCUCCGUUCAUGUAAUAAAGUAGAAUGGAACUCUCCAAAAGAAGGAGUCGAUCUAAAUCUUGUGAUCCUCCCCGACUCUUCUGACUGGGAGAAGAUAAUUAGAGUUCCUUUCAUCCCCAAAGGACGUGUUGGACCACGACGAGGACAUCACAGUCAAAAUGACAGUAAUAGAUUGUCUGAGCCUCAAAAGCCUCGCGAUCCUAUGCGUUGUAUGAUCUCCGAUGGAGACUAUCCGAUUGGUAUGCAACUGCUAGACCCAAACCACGACUACACUACGGGUCCCUACAAACCAGUGGAGGGUGAAUCCCAAAAGAGAAAGUUGAAAGUGGAUACGUCUGAUGACUACAGUAACGUCCUAGUUUCAACCACACUCCAAAAAAAUCCCGAUCAGUUUGAGUUGACGUUCAAACCAUCCGAGACGUUUGGGUCGGCGUACUGUGCCAUAGAUAAUGGUCACAAGAUUGUCACACAAUAUGGUGACACCUUAAAGCUCAGUAAGGGAUUGACGUUUGAGCUGUAUCGCUACCAAAGCACAGAGAGGUACACAAUCAACUACAUUGAGAUUACUGUGUACCUAGACUCCAAGCCUGUCUAA